AACAAACUCAUCAGAGAAGGAAAAAAAAAAAAAAAAAAAAAAGUAGAGAGAAAAUUAAUGGCAGAAAGUAGAAGAAAGAGACUUGAUGAAGCCGCCAUUGAAGGAAACGUAACGACGUUGUUAGAGUUACUCCAACAAGAUCCAAUGUUACUUGCCAGACUCAACCUCAACGACUUCAACGAGACUCCUCUGCACGUGGCUGCUCUUCAUGGUCACGUGACAUUUGUGGACGAGAUUCUCAAGCGAAGGCCUCAGCUGGCCAAAGACUCGGAUUCUCGCCAUUGUUCCGCCCUCCACUGUGCCGCCGCCGAAGGGUUUUUAGACAUUGUCAAAAUUCUGGUGCGAGUUGAUCCUGAUAUGUGUUCUAUCUGCAACGAAGAUGGGCGCAACCCUAUUCACCUUGCCGCCAUCAAAGGCCGGGUCGAUGUCUUGGCCGAGCUCGUUCGAGUCAGACCCACAGCUGCUCGAACUGCAGUGGACGACGGCGGAACGGUGUUGCAUUUAUGUGUGAAGUACAAACAGCUGGAGGCUCUCGAGAUGUUGAUUGAAACUAUGGCAGUGAAAGACGGUGAUUUUAUCAAUACUCAGGAUGAUUACGGCUUCACUAUCCUUCAUUUAGCCGUCUCCAACAAACAACUUCAGAUAGUACAAUAUCUAAUCAACCAUACUGGAAUCGAAGUAAAUGCAAAAACUUCAAAUGGGUUAACAGCUCUUGACAUUCUAACUCAAAGCCAUAGAGAAUUAAAGGACAUGGACAUUGCAGAAGCUCUCAUAGCCGCCAAUGCCGUCCGAACCACAAACAAACAACCAUCGUCGCCGUCUUCUCGUGUCAGGAAAAACAAAAAGACAGGUCUUAGAUGGGCUUUUUCAGCCUUAUUCCACAAUGGAGAUUGGUGGUUUAAGAACGAAACAAGCGGGUGGUUAAUGAAGCAAGAAUCACUAAUGGUUGUAGCAUCCCUAAUUGCAACAAUGGCUUUUCAAGCUGGAAUGAACCCUCCCGGUGGGAUUUGGCAAGACGAUAAUGCAUCGGGAAAUCCAAGACAGACGGCAGGAACAUCGGUAAUGGCCGGAAAGGACAAAGCAACAUACAAUAAGUAUCUUUUGUCUAACACAGUAGGGUUCAUGACUUCAUUCAUUGCAAUUGUGAUGAUUCUCAUUGGGUUGCCUCAAAAACGUAUUUGCAUGAGGGUUUUGAUCAUGACUAUGUGUGCUGCUGUGUGUUCCAUGGCUUUCACUUAUGGAUAUUCCAUAAGGUUUUUCACUCCACUACCACAACCUGCAACCUCCAACUCCAAUUCUCUGGCUCCAUCUCCACAACUUGCAGGAGGUUCUAUCUCCGGUACUCCGCGGCUAAAGUCGGACUCCGUCAUCUCUUUGAUUUCGUUUAUUGUCGCUGCCGUUGUGACUUCUUCCAUGGUACUUUUCUUGGUUGGGAAGCUCUUCUACGUUCAUUCUCGACAGAAUAAAUCUACUGAAAACCCAGAUACUCCUCCGCUAUGAUAUAUAAUUCUGCUCUCCGCUAGCAGUCAAGUAUUGCUCCCUUUUAGUUCUACACAUCCUGGUUCCAAAAUUGGCCAGACAAUAGAUAUCCUAUUUAUAAUGUUUUUCUUUAUUGUUUCUCAUUUGUUCCAAAAUUGGCCAGACAAAAGAACUGUUUAUAAUGUUUUUGUUUCUUUUUUCGAUUCAAUCAGAAAAAUAUCAGCGUACUAAGUAUUUGGUAAUAGUUCUUUUUUAACUUAUAU